AUGGCAGAGGAGGAGGGUUAUGUGGGCGAAGAGGAUGUGUUCCUGGCUUUUGCCCAGGGACCUUCUCCUCCCAGGGGUCCCCUACGUCAGGCCUUGGACAAGGCCUUCUUUAUAUUUCUGGCCCUCUUUCUGACACUACUGAUGCUGGAGGCUCUUUAUAAGCUCCUGUGGCCGCUGCCAUGGGCAACAUUUGGGGAAUGGCUUCUGGGAACACCUCAGAAGGAGGAAGAGCUGGAAUUGUGA